AUGUCGUCUUACUCAGACGACGACGAACAUGACCCCCAGGUGGAUGAGCUCCGCGAGACCGCCUUGGUCACGCUCGAGGCGUUGAUCAGCUCCUGCAACAAACAGAUGCAACCGUACCUAACGAACACCACUCGAUCAGCUCUCCGAUUUUUGAAAUAUGAUCCAAACGUCGCCGAAGUGGAGGACGAUGAGGAGAUGGGAGGCACACAAGACGAUGGGAGUGAGGAUGAUGCCACGGAGGAGCCUGACCUGGAAGACGACGAAUUCGGGGACUUUGAAGAAGAAGGUGGCUACAGUGAUAUCGACGACAUGAGCUGGAAGGUACGCCGAUGUGCUGCCAAGCUUCUCUACACCGUCAUCUCUACCUACGGACUUGGUCGCGCUUCGGACGCCUCAGCCCUGUUUCAGCAGAUUGCCCCAGCUCUGAUCUCCCAAAUUAGCAGGGAAAGAGAAGAGAGUGUGAAACUUGAGGUGGUGUCCACAUUGACGGCGCUUGUUCGUAAAACCGGCGAGGGCUCCAUGAUCGUCACAUCCAAUGACUUCUUGGAGGCCGUGGGUGGCUCGAAGAAUUCUCGCAAGCGCAGACGCCAAGAUAGUGAUGCGUCAAUGAUUGACUUCGAGCCGAGUGCUGGAACCUCGUCAGCAAUGGAUUCUCCUGCUGUGCCAUCGUCUCCCAAGUCUGGUUCCCAGGCUGAUCUGGCUCGCUCCGUGCCUUUAAUCGUACAGAACCUUGUGAAAGUUUGGAAGCAGGCUUCGAUCCCUCUCAAACAAGCCGCAAUUAUUCUCCUCAAAAGCCUUUCGUUGGUUCGUUAUGGUGGUCUCGCAGACCAUCUCCAACAAAUUGAAGACCUCAUUGCGGAUGCUCUGAAGACCUCAUCUCUCUCAGGGAGCACAGCGGCCCAUACCGGGGCCGCUGUCAGCGCAGGCACCCUCCAAAUUGAAACCCUGGGUCUCAUUGCAGUGAUCGCCGAGACCCAUUUGUCUGACGCGCUAUUGCCAUUCCUGAUUGCCCUGGUGCCUGGAGUGGUCGCGGCCGUCAACGACCGCAACUACAAAGUCAGCAGUGAGGCUUUAGGUGCCGUGGAGCAAAUUGUGAAAGCAAUUACACCGCCACGCGUAUCUGCUAAUCCUUCCGAUGUCGCUCUGCAGCUGCAGAAGCUCUAUGAUGUUGUCCACUCUCGAAUCACUGACACAAGUGCCGAUCUCGAAGUCCGCCAACGGGCAAUUCAUGUGUUUGGUGUGAUUCUCGCACGCACGUCAGGAGAGCUGGGCUUAGAGUUCCUUUCAUCCGAGAGGAGAUCUAAUGGUCUGGCUGUUUUGGUCGACCGGGUGAAGAACGAGACAACUCGUUUGUCCGCGGUUCGUGCGAUUGAUGAUGUCGUCGUUCUCGCCAGUCGCAAGCAGGAUGUUUCUAGUGAUUGGGUCAACAAUGUCGCCCUUGAGCUAGGGUCGAACUUGCGCAAGUCCGAUCGUGCCUUGAGAGGCGCGUGUCUGGAAACUCUCCGCAGUCUUUCCAUGAAUUCCAACAUAAGAUCUCACCUCAACCCUGAGACGAUCACAGCACUUGAGAAUGCUGCUUUGCCUCUUCUCGCAGCAGCUGACUUCCACACCCUUACGCCUACGCUGAUCAUUAUUGCCAAACUUGUCCCUGGCAACGGAAAACUAAUGGUGAACAGCGGUUUGAUCUCUUCUAUCUGCUCAAUCGUGACCAAACCACUAGUCGGAACUGUUCUCAAAGCAUUGCUGCUGCUGGUCAAAGUUAUUGGCGACGAAGGUGCAGGUGCUAGUUUGAUGCAGAAUCUUCUCCGUGACGUGGGAAUUACAGGGGACUCAUCAGUGGUCGGAAGAGCCGUUGGCACCCUCCUGGUCCACGGUGGACCGAAUCUCGGAGUCACAAUGGAAGAUUUCUCAACUGAACUCAAGACUGCACGGGAUGAUAGUCGAAAGUGCCUUGCCCUUGCUAUCCUAGGCGAAAUCGGCCUGCGAAUGGGACCCGAGUGCUCGCUGACCCCGAGUCUAUUCAUUCCCCAUUUCGAAUCCCAGUCAGAUCAUGUACGCUUGGCUGCCGCCACUGCUCUCGGAAACGCAGCCGCAGGUAGCGUCAAAGCCUAUCUCCCAAUCAUCUUGAAUGGUUUGGAAAAAUCAAAUCCUCAAAGCUAUCUGCUUCUCCAUUCGGUACGAGAAUUACUUCAGCACCCGGAGGUCGUACGUCCGGAUCUUGCACCAUCUGCUCACAAAUUGUGGCACGCACUCCUUGUCGUCUCUGAAGAGGAAGACAACCGGGCUGUCGGGGCAGAAUGUGUCGGCCGCUUGGCACUCCUUGACCCCGUUGCUUACAUUCCCCACUUCCAAGAGUACCUGGCCAAUGCCGACCCAGCUGUUCGUGGCGUGGUGAUUUCGGCAUUCCGCUACACGCUUGCUGAUUCGACUGAUGCUUACAACGAUGUGCUGCGACCGUUGAUGGUGCCCCUUUUAACCAACAUGCUCAGCGACAGUGAUCUGGGCAACCACCGGCUUGCAUUGACCACCCUUAACUCCGCAAUCCAUAAUAAGAUGGAUCUUCUGCUCCCUCACCUGGACGAGCUGCUGCCGGCUGUUCUUGGUGACACCAAAAUCAAGCCAGAGCUCAUUCGUGAGGUGCAAAUGGGUCCAUUCAAACACAAAGUGGAUGAUGGACUCGAUUUACGGAAGAGUGCCUACGAAACCCUUUAUGCCUCGCUCGACACUUCGUUCUCCCGCACUCAUAUGGCCGAACUCUUUGACCGUAUCGUCGCCGGUAUUGAUGACGAACAGGACAUCCGUGCCAUCAGCAACCUCAUGACGUCCAAACUGAUUAAGAUCGCACCGGAGGAUACUGAGCGGCGGCUCAACGCUUUGUCAGAGCAUUACACCUCUGUCCUUUCCUUCAAGCCAAAGGAGAAUGCCGUCAAGCAAGAAUUGGAGAAAGCCCAUGAGGCGUCCCUUGGCAUUCUGAAGAUUACUAGAGAACUGAGCAAAGCGUUCCCCGGUGCGGAGGCAUCAGGCGAUCUCCACAAGUGGAAGACGUACAUGGAGUGGGUUCGGCGGACCUUUUCACCGCAGUUGGCGAAUUUGGAACUGGAAUCCUGA